UUGACAUAACAAAAGACGUCGCGAUUUGCUUGCCCACGUCUUGUAAAUUGUACGUUUCUGUCUUCAUUUUCUAUCAUUUAUCUUAUUAAAUAAUAUUAAUUUCAAUUUUUAUCAACAAUGAAUCAUGAAAGCAGGCAGUUGGCACAAGAUUUCUUUUUACGCGAACCGGCAGAUGCCCGAAUACGAAAGCCUAAGGUUGAACCGGAGGAGGAAUCGCACCCUAACCUCAGGGUGGAAAUGCAGACAGUUCGUCUGAAUCCAGAUUCACAGAAAUUAGUUUUGGACACACUGAGGUUCAUUCAUGGCCCUGACUUUAAACUUGGAAGUGCCAGCUUAUAUAAAGAUAAAGGUUCAAACCUAGGCAAGCGAUAUUGGAUGGAGAGGGGUAACCUGGUGGUCCAAGGAGGCUGUGACUACUCUCUAACAACUAAACCUGUUAUAGAGACAUCAGAAGCUCGGCUCAGAGCCUUUGCACUAGCUAAGAUGGAAAGAUACAAUUUCCACAAAGCACAUUGUGCGGAAGCAUUAGAAGUAGCUGCUGAGAAUAUAGAAAAAGCCCUGGAAAUACUCUUCUUAAAGUACUUCAAAAUUAACUUCCAAGAGAAACCAGAAAAUGCACCUGGUUCUGCAGAAUUAAUCGAAAUGAGAAUGGACGAAAAAGCUGUACUGGAAUCAAUAUAUGACACCAGUUUCAGAAUCAAAGAAAACAAUAUAUGGAUUGUCAAAUUGAAUCUGGAUUACCUAACAAAAAUGUAUGAUGUAAAAGAAGUGGAUGUCCCUAAGAGAAAACUUAACACAAACUACAAUAGUAAUUUUAAAACGAAAGAAAAAGAGGUUUGCAAGCUCUUUCUAAGAGGCCCUUGUCGGUUUGGUGCUAAAUGCAAGUUUCUACACGAGUCUAAAGAAGUAAAAGCUCCAGUCGCCCCUGACCCUAAAGACGCUACAAAAAUAACUUAUGAAUUAGAAAUAAGGUUCUCUGAAGACACUGUGUACCCGUUCCAACCGCCUUUAAUAUUUUUCAAAUCAGAAAACAAAACAACUAUUAUACCAGAACUCACUUUCUUAAAAGUGACGUUACGGUUGCUUGAUGAAGCAAAAGCUUUAGCCCAAGAUGGUAUACCUAGUAUAUACUCUUUGGUAGAACUUUUGAAUAACGAGGAAGAUAUACUCAACUUUAUUAAAUUUGAUACUAGAACUUUUCCGGAAACAUCCGAUCCUUUAUUCCCACAAUUAAUAGACAAUUCUAGUUUAAGUGAAAAGCAGUUACCAUUACAUUACAAGAAGGGUAAAAAUAGAGAUAAUAGGUCGAAUAUUAACUUUGAGCAAGUGCUAGAAGAGAAUAGAAGUAUAGCUAAGAGAUGGAAGGAGAAAAGAGAGAACGAUAGGUACAAUAGGAUGAUGGCUGGGCGGCGGAAACUGCCAGCUUGGAAGAAGAAGAAUGAAAUCUUGAAUACAAUACAGAAGUCACAGGUAGUAGUCAUCAGCGGAGAAACAGGCUGCGGUAAAAGCACACAAGUACCUCAAUACAUACUGGAUAACUGGCUGGAUAACUUUCACAAGGACGGUAACGAACACGUCGAGAUCGUGUGUACCCAGCCGAGAAGGAUAUCAGCUAUCGGUGUGGCUGACCGAGUCGCUGAGGAGAGGGUUGAGAAGACGGGACAAGUUGUUGGAUAUCAGAUACGAUUGGAAAGCAAAGUUUCGUCUAAAACUCGCCUCACGUUCUGCACAACGGGUAUAUUACUGCGGAGAUUAGAAUAUGACCCUCAAUUACAGUCCGUCACACACGUGUUGGUUGAUGAAGUCCACGAGAGGUCUGAGGAGAGUGACUUCCUCUUGCUUAUAUUGAGGGACCUUAUCAAAGUUAGGAAAGACUUGACGGUCAUACUCAUGAGUGCUACGUUGAACGCUGAUUUGUUCUCCGAAUACUUUGACAAAGCCCCAGUUUUGGAAAUACCGGGUCGAACUUUCCCUGUGGAGCAAUUCUUUUUAGAAGAAAUUAUGGAGAUGACUAAUUAUGUGUUAGAAGAAAAUGGCCCUUACGCUAGAAAAGUGAAAAAAGGUGAAAGAAAACAGGAUUUAGAAACGGAGUUAGAAACAUGUGAUCUACGCGCAGAAGCUAACGAGCCGCCGAAGAUAUCAAUACGAGAUGACCAUCUUAAUAUAGCGCAGAUGGUCGCCAGGUACCCGCACGUUAGCAAGACCACCUGCAAGAAUAUGUAUCUAAUGGAUAGUGAGAAGAUAAACCUAGAGUUAAUAGAACAUGUGUUAGGCUACAUAGUGAACGGUGACCACGAUUGGCCGCGAGAGGGCGCCAUACUGGUCUUCUUGCCUGGUAUUGCAGAAAUCAUGUCGCUGCACGACCAACUCGCUGAGAGCCAUACUUUUAGCCCCAAAACCGGUAAAUAUCUCCUAGUACCGCUCCACUCAACAUUAUCUAGCGAAGAACAGGCGCUAGUCUUCAAGAAGACUAGACCCGGCACUCGUAAGAUCGUGCUCUCUACCAACAUAGCUGAGACCUCUGUCACUAUUGACGACUGUGUAUUCGUUGUUGACUGCGGGAGAAUGAAGGAGAAAAGAUUCGACUCCAACCGCAACAUGGAAUCCCUGGAGCUAGUGUGGGAGUCUUGCGCCAACGCCAAGCAACGUAAAGGCCGCGCGGGCCGCGUAAUGCCCGGCGUGUCGCUGCACCUGUUCAGCUCGCACCGGCACCGCCACCACCUGCUGCCGCAGCCCGUGCCCGAGAUACACCGCGUGCCGCUCGAGCAGCUGCUGCUCAAGCUCAAGAUACUGCCGCUCUUCCAGGACAUGAGCGUACACGAGGUCUUAGGUAAAACGAUCGAACCACCAGAAAAACAGAACAUAGACGGCGCUCUCUCUCGGCUACAAGACGUGGGAGCUCUCGACAAGACCUACAGUCUGACCGCUUUGGGAAAGCAUCUCGCCGCGUUGCCCGUCGACGUGAGGAUAGGGAAACUCAUGCUGUUCGGUGCUAUAUUCUGCUGUGUGGAUUCUGCACUAACUAUGGCAGCGUUUUUAAGUCAUAAAAGCCCGUUUGUUGCUCCGUUUGGAAAGAAGUCUGAGGCAGAUGCGAAAAGAAGAGAAUUUGCGUGUUCACAGAGUGAUCAACUGACUACACUGAGAGCAUACAGGAAAUGGCAGCAAGCAAUGAAGAGCAGUACACACGCGGCCCUUGUCUUCGCUAACGAGAACUUCCUGUCUCACAAGACAUUACUCAUGUUGGCCGACAUAAAACAUCAGCUGUUAGGCCUAUUGGCCUCAAUCGGAUUCGUGCCCGAUAUGCCGGCGCUACGGAAGAAAAUGAGAAAAGAUUCUGUUGCCAGUCUUACUGGGGAUGAGUUAAAUACAAAUGGAAACAACGACAGACUAUUGGCAGCUAUUCUAUGUGCAGCUCUCUAUCCAAAUGUUGUCAAGGUAUUAACACCAGAAAAGUCCUUCCACAUGCAAGCCGGUGGCGCCAUCCCUCGGCAACCUACACCAGACGAAUUGAAGUUCAAAACCAAGACCGAUGGUUACGUUGCCCUCCACCCGUCAUCCGUUAACUCCAGUGUAGGGUACUUUACCAGCCCGUAUCUUGUGUAUCAAGAGAAGGUCAAGACCAGUAGAGUGUUCAUUAGGGAGUGUUCUAUGGUGCCACAGUUGCCGUUGGUGUUGUUUUCUGGAUGCAGUCUAUCCGUGGAAUUGCACGGCGGGACAUUCAUCGUAUCAUUGGAAGAUGGCUGGAUCAUGUUUCAAGUUGAAAAACACGAAGUUGCGGAAAUGUUAAAAACAAUAAGAGUUGAACUCAUAAACUUGCUAGAAGAGAAAAUCAACGAUCCGAGUUUGAACCUAUUGCACUAUGAGAAAGGAAACCGGAUAAUUAAGACUAUCGUUCAAAUCGUCACUAAGGACUAAAUGGAAUGUCCAGACAUGAAUUUAAUACAGGUGCAAUUAAUGUUUUUGAAACUCUUAAAUUAUUUAUAAGUAUGGUAAUGUAUGGGUUGUUUGUGAGAUUUUAAUAACCUCGCAAUAUCUAAUACAAACAAGAGGGUUUGUUCUGGUAGUUGAGUACUUUACCACCGUAUAUUCAAUUUUACCUUAGUUAAAAGUCUCUUAAGCUGGUGGGUGUAAUGGAGAGGAAAUAUACGUCAUUUUAUACAUUUUGCGAACGAUGAUUAAAGUAAGAUUUGAUCAGACUAUUUAAGCAUUUUACGACGUUACGUUUAACGUAUUAAACGAUAUGUUACUAUGAUGCUACUACCAAUCAGAUAUUGCGAGUUCAUUAAUUCCUUACAAAUAACGCUAUACAAAUAGCAAUGUAUGAAUGUAUUGGUGUUCAAAGUUUUAGUAGAAUUGGAAAAGCAUUACAUUUUAGACUUCAAUGCAUUGUCAGGUUAGGUUUUGGUUUAAACAAAUUAUUUAAAUCAUUAAAUUAUUUAAAUCCGUUGCAAAAAAUAUCACACAAUAACUAAGCAAAUUUUAAUAAUUUUCUUUUAAAAUAACUAUUUUUUUUAGCGUAAAAUUCUGUUAUCAGCUUUAGAGGUAAGUUAUGUAAGCGCCAUCUAUGUUUCGCUUGUGUAACUUAAUGUGUAUGCGUUGUUAAUAUACAAAACUAGAGGGCGCUAGUGUCAGUGAGAUCUCUAUAGAAGUAAAACCUUUUUAAUAA